GGCUCUAAUUCUCGUCUACAAUCUACCUCGGCUGCUUCUACUGGUGCCAGAAGAGGAGGCGGUCGCUUUGCUGAUCGCCAGGCCAAGAUUCGUGAACCUUCCGUCAAGGUUGAUCCCAACUGGGAUGUUGUUGAAGAAUUGGACUUUGCUCGCAUAAGCAAGUUGUAUUAUCAAUGUGAUCCUCCUGUCGAUAUUGCCGUUUACGGCUCUGUUCAAUAUAUUGACAAGGCCUAUGAGCGCAUCUCUUCAAAGAAUGAAAAACCUUUGCUUGUUACUAAAAAAACCCAUCACAAUGUCACUGCCUUUGACGAUCCUGUUUUGCAAAAUCUGGCAAAAUCUGCAGAUGGCUACACUAUCAUCACAACUAGCUCUGUUUUGGCUGCUCUGAUGGCUUCUACUCGCUCCAUCAAUUCAUUUGAUAUCAUUGUCACCAAGAAAAAAAAUAUCGUCUAUUUGGACAAGCGUGAUGGCGGUGUUUUGGACUUGCCUACGGUCAAUGAAAAUGCUUCUGAUGCUCCUAUGGAUGGGCCUGAUAAAGCAACCAACAUCAACAGUCCUCUUGCUUUGGCUCAUGAAGCUGGUGAUAUUGUUCGAUCCUAUUCUCAGCAAGUAUUGCGCGAGGCAGAGCGAGUUACCUUUACCAAUCCUAGUCCAUUUUCUCAUGGUGAACCUGCAGAAGCAUUGGUUUCUGCAGCAUACAGAUACCGACAAUGGCAGCUGGGUGAGAUGAAGCUGAUUGCACGCACACAGAUAGAUGCAGCAGUUCAUCAGCCAGGAGCUGGACUCGACACAGAACCUCCAUCUGGUGUUGCCUUUUCAAGUGCUUCCGAGUCGGACACUCUUUAUGCUACCAUUAGAUCUCUUAAUGAAUUUGAUCCUCGUGCACCGGGUGCUGGAGGUGCUCCGUCAUGGCGUCAAAAACUAGAUUCUCAACGAGGCGCAGUGGUAGCGACUGAACUUAAAAACAAUGCCAACAAGCUAUGCAGAUGGACAAUCGAGUCACUUUUGGCUUCUGCUGAUCAGAUUCGUCUUGGAUUUGUAUCUCGUUCUAACCCACGAGACCGUAAGCGACACGGUAUUCUUGGAUCCAUGGUCUACAAGCCUGAUGAUUUGGCAACACAUAUUCACUUGAAUGUAGGGGCAGGAUGGGGACUGGUUAAAGCUUUUGGAGACUUGUGUGAAGGACUAGAUGAUGGCAAAUACCUGUUGAUGCGUGACCCCAACAAGCCAGUCCUAAAACUAUACAAAGUGCUGAUUCGAAAACCUGUUGAGAAUACAAUCGAAGAUGAAGAUUUUUGGUACGAUGAAGAUGAAGAAGAUUUGGAAGAUGAAGACGAGGAUUAA